AUGUCGAUAGCCGACUCUCAGAUGCUGGAGCUGCCUUUGAGCCGCAGCAUUGAAUCAAAAGAGUGUGAACAUGAAACGGUAGCAAUAGACGGAUGCACAGUGACGAUGGCGAGCAUGGAAUACAGUCCUCGUACACAAGUGGUGGCCAGCGCUAUGGGUGCCAAAGAUCGGAUGAGCGGAAUUGCGCUUGGGUGA